AUGAAUCCAAGUGACGAAAUAGAACCCAUGAAGAUAAAGAAAAUGAGAAAGGAUUUCAUCAAAUGUAUAAUGAAAGAUGAGGAAUAUAAAAAAAAAGAUGAGAAAAAAAAAGAAAUUGUGAAAUACUGUAAAAGUUACAAAGACUUCUGCAACAUCGUAAGCUCAGUAAAUAUGAAACCAAUUAAGACAUAUGAAGAGAAGGUCUCCUAUGAAGACUAUAUAAACAUGAAAUUCCCUGUAUCUACAUUUAAAAUGGAAUAUAUUAAGAAAAAAAACGCAAAAAAUAGAUAUUUUUUACUACCUGAUCAAUCCCAGAUUAAUAACCAGAUGGAAAAAUCGCUACCUCAGGAAAUUCAGGCCUACAAAUCCAAACAAAAGAUUCACCAAUUCUUAAACGUACUAUGGAACCACCAAAAAGAUUAUGGCAAAUUCAUAAAGUCCAAUUACAACUCCGAUGAAUUGACCGAACUACUGUGUCUUAUGAGUAGAAACUGGGAUGACCUGUUCGAUAUCAAGAUUCAAGAAGAAGACUUGGCAUCAUUUACUUCACAAUUGAAACUUCCUAACUUAGUGAAUUUUCUUACUCACAUGGUGAAACAUUGGGAAAUGGAAGGGCUUUCCUUCUACUUCACACAAGAAGAAUUGAAAGACAUCAAUGUAAACCUCCAAGAUGUAAUUCAUAAAAUUGAAAAAAAAAUCUCUUCAUACAGUUAUGAUAAUCAUCAGAAAUGUGAAGAGACAAUUAAAAUGAUAAAUUACCUUAAGGCAUAUUCAUUUUUAAACUAA